AUGGGGAAAUCAUCAAUCUACACCUAUCAGGCAUCAGGGAAUUCAUCAAACACCGACAAGUCAUCAGGGCAAUCAUCAUCAGGGCCUUCUUGUCGACACUAUGACGGUUCACACUGGCUAGGGUUCAAGUGUGACAAGUUCAUGGCUAAGACUCCACUGGAACGCAGGGAAUUCAUCACCAACAGCAAGUUGUGUUACAAUUGCUUUGGUCCUCAUCGGGCGGAUCUCUGCAAAGACACACGUCAUUGCCAGAAAUGCAAGGGCCCACAUCACACCUUGAUCCAUGAUGGGUCCUUCGAACAUCGCCAGGAAUUGGAAAGACAGAAGAGUCGACCAUCAGUUUCAGCAAUCGAGGAAAACCAGGGAGAUCACGGAGCAUCCGGAUCGAGAGGUUCAUCAUCAACAUCAUCAUCACCGAGUUCAACGAAGACAGAGAGAAUUUACGACACUCUCAACUCUUCAGAGAUCUCACAGGGGAGUGAAUCAACAUCAAAGGCAUCGGGAUCAAUUGAGAGCUCAAUUGGUUCAUCAUCAACAUCAUCAUCACCGAGUUCAACGGAGACAGAGAGAAUUUACGACUCUCUCAACUCUUCAGAGAUCUCACAGGGGAGUGAAUCAACAUCAAAGGCAUCGGGAUCAAUUGAGAGCUCAAUUGGUCAUCUUCAAAUAUCAGCAACAUCAUUGGCGAAAUCAGAAACAUCGGGGUCGUCCUCUGACAUCAAGGUUCAUCAUCAACAUCAUCAUCACCGAGGGAGUGAAUCAACAUCAAAGGCAUCGGGAUCAAUUGAGAGCUCAAUUGGUCAUCUUCAAAUAUCAGCAACAUCAUUGGCGAAAUCAGAGACAUCGGGGUCGUCCUCUGACAUCAAGGUCACACAUCAAUCAUCAUCGAAUUCAGCGAGUCAACGGGUUGUGCUGUUGGCAACAGCUAAAGCACUUGCAUCAACAUCAACAGGUUCUCAUCAUAUGGUCAGGCUUCUGAUUGAUCAGGGAUCAGAGGUCACAUUCAUCACUGAUCAAAUGGUACAACUUCUUCGUCUUCGUCGAUCAUCAUCACAUCUCAGGGUCUUUGGAAUAGGAGGCUUGGAGUCAGGGUUGACUCGUGGAGCAGUAAAGGUAAAACUUCAAUCUCGGUUCAACGAUCAACAUCAGAUCGAAAUCACUGCCCACAUCCUGGCCAAGUUCACAUCAACACUACCAUCAAUUCACUGCGCAAAGGAAGAGGCAAAUCAUCUUCAACAUCUUCAAUUGGCGGAUAACAACUAUCUUAAACCUGGUCCUAUCGACAUCAUCAUCGGGGCUGAUCAUUAUGGUCAAAUCAUUGGGCAUGAGGUUAUCAAAUCUCCGGAUAAUCAACUUGUUGCGCAACAAACCAUCUUUGGCUGGAUAGUUUCUGGGACGGUCUGCUGUACAGACUGCAAGCCGAAGUCUGCUCUAACUGCAGUACGAGAGUCUCCGACUGAGCAGCUGUUGGAUCUUCUUAAGAAAUUCUGGGUCCAGGAGGAACUUUCAUCAUCUAAGGAAAUUCUUCUCAAUCAAGACGAUCAGGAGUGUGAAUUACACUUCAGGAACACACAUUCAAGAGACAGUGAGGGACGGUACGUAGUACGCCUCCCACUCAAAACAUCACUAUCAGCAUUGGGAGAGUCUAGGAGACAUGCUCUACAAUUGUUAAACCGAACGGCGAAGAAACUGGAAUCAAAUCAAGAGUAUGGGAAACUCUACAAGGACUUCAUCAGGGAAUAUGAGGAUCUGGGACACAUGAGACGUGUCUCAGAGGAAUCAGAACCAUCAGUGAGCUACUAUCUGCCUCAUCACGGUGUCUUAAGGGAAGACAACAUCACCACAAAACUCAGGGUCGUCUUCAACGGUUCCAGCAAGACAACAUCAGGAGUGUCACUCAAUGACAUACUUCAUGCAGGAGGAAAACUGCAAACGGAAGGCUCAGACGUUCUCAUCUGGUUGAGAACUUUUCGGUUAAUCGUCGGAACGGACAUCGUGAAGAUGUUCCGUCAAAUCAAAGUUCAUCAAGAAGACUGGGAUCUUCAAAGAAUCCUAUGGAAGGAUGAGGAGGGGAAAAUCAUCACAUAUCAAUUGACAACGGUGACGUAUGGGCAAACGUGUGCACCAUGGUUGGCUCUACGAGUUCUUCAACAACUAGUGGAGGAUGAGGGACAUCAAUAUACACUGGCGGCUGUCUCUCUAACCAAAGGGAGAUAUGUCGAUGAUAUCUAUGGGGGAGCUGAUUCUGAGGAACAGCUCAAGGAACUCAUCAAUCAGCUCAUCAAUCUUUGCAUGGCGGGCGGCAUGCCACUGCAAAAAUGGAUCUCGAAUCAACAAGGAAUCCUACAGGAUCUUCAAUUAUCAACAAAAUCAACAUCGGCGGUAGAAUUCGAGGACAAGACGGUCAAAGAAGCCAUCAACGGAAAAAAUCAACAAAAGGACAAUCCUCUCAGAGAUCGCCCAGAUUUACGAUCCUCUGGGACUUGCAUCAUCGGACCGGUCAUCAUCAGGGCUAAAAUCUUCAUCCAAGAGCUGUGGCUUCUCAAAAUUGGUUGGGAUGAUCCACUGCCCUUGAGUCACAUCAAACGUUGGAAAGAAUUCAGGGAGGAAUUCUCAAAUCUGGAUCAAAUAUCAAUCCCACGGUGGCUUCAAACAUCAUCGACUUCAAGCAACAUCCAACUUCAUGGGUUUGCUGACGCUUCGAAUCAGGCAAUGGGUGCCGCAGUAUACAUCAGAGUGGACAAUCAUCAAUCUGAGCCAUCAAUCAUCUUGGUGAGUGCAAAAACCAAGGUCGCACCACUUAAGAAAAUGACAAUUCCUCGCUUGGAAUUGACAGCUGCUGUCAUCUUAACCAAUCUGGUAAUCUACAUCAGGAAGAUGCUGGAGAAAGAGAAUCUACAACUCUUUCUUUGGUCUGACUCCACGGUGGCGCUCACAUGGAUCAAUGGACACCCAUCAAGGUGGAAGGAUUUUGUUCAGAAUCGAGUGAUCAAAAUCCAGAACUUAUUACCAGCAGCUGAAUGGAAACAUAUCAGGGGAGUCGAGAACCCAGCAGACUGUGCAUCACGGGGAUUAUCACCAGAUCAACUUGUAAAUCAUCAGCUGUGGUGGAAUGGUCCAUCAUGGCUGAAAUUAUCAAUGGAAAACUGGCCAUCAUCAUCAUCAACAUCAAUCGAAUCUACGGCAGAAGCAGCACUGGAGGAAAGGCCAGUCUCUGCACAUCCGGUGGCACUGAAUCUGGAGAGACCUCAAGAUUUCUUGGAGAGGUACUCUACACUCGACAGGUUGGUCAGGAUCUCAGCGAGAGUCCUGAGAGUCAUCAACAACAUGAGAGGGGAGCCAGUCCCAAGAGAAUUAGAUCUCUUGCCAGAAGAACUGGAGGAGACCAGAAUCUUUUGGAUCAACUAUACACAACAGGAGAGUUUUGGACAAAUCAUCAAUCGCCUCAUCAAUGGACAAGACAUCGCAAAUAAUCAUCCAAUGGCACGGUUGAUUCCUUAUCUGGAUGAGAAUCAGACCAUUCGCCUAGGCGGGCGGCUGAAACAAUCAAAUCUUCAGCCAGAAGCCAGGAACCCAUCAAUUCUACCAAGACAAUCAAGGCUUACAUCACUGGUCAUCGAGGAGGCUCAUCGGAAAACUCUUCAUGGAGGAGUACAGGCGACGUUGGCACACAUCAGACACAAAUAUUGGAUCAUCGGGGGUCGUCAUCCUGUAAAAUCGCAUAUUCGCAAGUGCGUCAUCUGCGCACGACAUCGAGCCAUCAGGGGACAGCAGCUUAUGGGACAGCUGCCUCCAAGAAGAAUCACAUCAGCACGGCCAUUCAAUCACGCAGGGGUGGACUACGCAGGUCCUAUCAAAAUCAGCAGAUGGAGAGGAUCAGGAGCUCGACAAUAUCAUGGGUACAUUGCAGUUUUUGUGUGUCUUGCCACAUCAGCAAUUCACCUUGAACUACUCACAGAUUUAACAUCACAGGCAUUCAUCGAGACCUACAAACGAUUUACUGGAAGGAGAGGUAUCUGUGCUACCCUUAGCAGUGAUAAUGCUAAGACCUUCAUGGGAGCAAACAAUGAGCUGGGCAAGCUUUUAGACGAAUCGAGGAAGGAAAUUCAUCACAUCAUCAACGAACUGGCAUCAAAUGGCACAAAAUGGAUCUUCAUCCCACCGCAAUCACCCCACAUGGGUGGGGAAUGGGAAGCUGCGGUGAAAUCUGUGAAAUUUCAUCUAAAAAGGCUCACAGGGAAUUUGGUACUCACGUACGAGGAACUCAAUACACUCAUCAUCCAAAUCGAGGCGCAACUUAACUCGAGGCCUCUCUGCGCUCUAUCAGACGAUCCUGAUGACUGCAGAGCCCUCACACCUGGACACUUCAUCAUUGGGGAACCCAUCAACGCAGUUCCAGAGCCAUCACUCAUCAAUCACAAAAUGGAAGGUCUCACAAGGUGGAAAAUGAUCGCAAGGAUCGCUCAACAAUUCUGGGACAGGUGGUCAAGGGAGUGUAUGCAUCAUUAUCAAACUAUCUACAAAUGGAAAAGAUCAACGGAUGAUAUCAAAGUCGGAACACUAGUCCUCAUCAUUGACGAGAGGUAUCCACCAACAAAGUGGCCUCUAGGACGAGUAUCAAGGGUUCAUCCAAGUGAUGACAAUCUCACAAGGGUGGUAGACAUCACAAUUGGGGCAGGAGCACCGAGGAGGAAAACCAACAAGAGUAUCAUUCAUCAUCAUCCGACGAUGAAGGCGGGCGGAAUGUAUAAAAUUAAGGCUGAUCCAGGGCACUGGAUCGAUCGGACACCAUCGGAAUAUUUCGGGAGUGGGCUCGGGCAUAAUCAACGUGUUUUUUGUCACCAUCCCGAGUUGGAAAAUCAUCUCUCCACUUCCGCUUCCAAUCCACCCUACCCGGUUAAAAACAUCAAAUCCCUAACAGACUGUAAGAUUAGAAUUAAUAGCCCAGUGACCAGCAUACCCCGAACCACCCCUCUCUCCGCAACCUACAUCCUGAGUAGCUCAUUAACUUACGUUUUAGAUAGAGUUGUUGUCCGUUGUCGUGAGCUAUCCGCUUCGGUUAGGUCUUCGGUUUGUUAUUUUCCGUCGAGACAAAAAAUAACUGGCGCCCUUUUGAGCAUCAAGGGAAAAGGGCGGGUUGGGUUUUUGACGAAAUAUGAGAGUAAUUGCGAACGCAAUCGCGUAGACUCCACAGUCUACCAAGUUCGGUUGACGUUGAUUUUUGCAAAAAGUAACAGUACUAUUUUCUACAUUAUAAAAUGGAAACAAUUUCUGCAAAAAUACUUGAUGAUCCCGAUGCAAAGUUCUCAUAUUUAA